AUGUCACCUGGAAAUAUUUAUGCCGCCAAGCUGGGAAGCGUUAACAACUCCAAAAAUAUGCUAAACAUUGAUGAUGAGCUCUUUUUCGUGGCCUAUCUGAAUAUUAAGACUCAUCCUGGUCAUAAGAUAACCCUCCUCACAGGUUCAGAAAAUGAAGAAGCUGCCCCAUCAGUUUCCCCAGAGCGUGUGAUGAGGUUCUGUCUUCAAAAGAAAGAAUAUCGAGCUUCUCCUAUUGAUUUUAAAAUUUUCCAUAAUCCAUUGCGCUCUUAUGAAGGAUGGAUGAGGCAUAUGUUGAGCAAUGAACGCAUCAAGAAUAACCUGACUAAAGCACAAGUUAUUGAAGUUGUCAUGGCGUCUGCAACACUUCAUAUCAGGAAAGAUUUUGUAGGUUUGAUCACUUUCGUUUCUCGAUGGUGUCCUUCCACGCACACGACCAUAUAUAGAUGGGGAGAGAUGACCAUCACGUUGGAAAGUGUAGCCGUUUUUUUGAGUCUUCCAGUUGCAGGGAAUCUUGAUGUUAAGUUGUCCGCUGAAGAAGAGGUGAUGGACGUUCUUGAUGAUGGCUCUGGUAAGAAGGUUAUAAGACGGAAGCUCGUUAUGUUUUCCAUUAAGCUGGCGCAAGGCGUAGUCCUCCCCUUAGGCAGCUUGUUCCUUGGGUCUUUGUACUCUCAUCUGGAUUCCUCGCAGCAGACAUGUAUGUUUCCAACGAAGGUGGAGUCGCGUGUUCACAUUUCUUUUAUUCAAGCAUGCUUAUGGGAGCAGUUUAAAGGUUAUGCUCCUGUCCCUGCAUCUUCGUUUUCCAGUCUGUAUGGAGGUUCCAGAAUACUCCGUCGGCAUAAAAGGCGUCCAAAGCCCGAGUUGAAUCUUAUUGAUUUUUUCGACAGCGUGUAUGCCAUAGAUUUUCGUCCGUGGGAACCGGUUCAUUCUUAUGUAGUUCAGCCAAAAACCUUUGCCGCAGAUCCUGAUAUAGCGUUGAGCACUGAUGGAGCGGAUAUGAGUUUUGAAGAGAUCAUAUUUAUGCAAAGCUGCAUGCCAGGAUAUAUUCCAUCUUUCUUCAAUGGAUCCUUUAUUGUAGUUUCGUAUAACAUUGAUAGAGCUGCUCUUCAUAUGGGAUUCGAUCAGGGAAUCCGGUUCGAUCGCCCGCUAAAACCUUCGGCGGAGCUUUUGCAAUCUGUUCUUAAUGCUAGCCUCUUUGCCACAAAGAUGAGCCUUCCAUUCUGGAUCCUAAGAAGAAAACCAGUGGCGACUGAUAAGUACAAGGAAUUCUGGAGAGAAUAG